AUGACAGGUACAUACAUAUUACGAGACGACCUGCACCUGGCGACGCCGCCGCCGCACCCCUCUGAAGCGCCCGUACACAAUCCGAACCCACUCGCGACCACGGUGAACCCGCCAACUGCGGGAACGAAACUGUCGAUCGUAGUGGUUGCACCUCGCCAGCAAUCACAUUCACGGUUGUUCCGGCUCGAUACCGCCAACAGCGCUCGCUCGCAGCUACCGCCAAGUAUACAAGAGUCGCCAAACGAAUCGAACAGCCAGGCCAGUGACUCGGGGUCGCAGAGUGUGAACGGGAAUGGUAUUACGGCAUCUCCGCGCGAAGGUCUCCAUGCCCCCGCGUAUGGGUCGGGAAAUUCGGCGCUGGCGAUUUUGAAUGGGAAAGACAGCAAGGAUCCACUAAAGAGGCGGAAACCCAAGAGCAAUAUUGUGAAGAGCAACUCCUCAUUCGUGUCCAGAGUUAUUCCUCAUGAAGCUCUCACCAAGCGACUGCAGGAGCACAACCCCAACGGAUUGUACGCUUUCGCGAAUAUUAAUCGCGCUUUGCAGUGGCUUGACUUGACCUCACCAACCAAGGAAGAGCAUCUCACGAAGAUCUUAUUCACCAAAGCGCACGCGCUAUGUCACGAUGUGAAUCAAAGCACCAAGGGACCGGGGCACGUCGAUAUCAUCCUAGGAUUUUCAACGGGUGACAUCAUCUGGUACGAGCCCAUGUCGCAGAAGUACACGCGCAUCAAUAAGAACGGGGCGAUCAACAACACUGCGGUAUCGGACAUUCGAUGGCUCCCCAACAGCGAGAACCUCUUCCUCGCAGCGCACAUGGAUGGGAGCCUAGUCGUCUAUGACAAGGAGAAAGAAGACGCGCCAUUCGUUGCUGAGGACCCAGAUCAGGUUCAGCCCGAGACGGAGAAGAAGGCGCGACUUGUCGUGAGGAAAUCAGUAAACUCAAAGAAUCAGAAGUUUAACCCGGUGUCGUACUGGAAGACAUCGAACUCGAGGAUUAAUGCAUUUGCCUUUUCGCCAGACUGCCGACAUCUUGCAGUAGUGUCGGAGGAAGGCUCGUUUCGCAUCAUUGAUUUCCUAAAAGAACAAUUGCUACAUCAAUACAUGAGCUAUUAUGGUGGUAUGAUAUGUGUGUGCUGGUCUCCGGACGGCCGAUACGUUGUUACUGGAGGUCAAGAUGAUCUUGUCUCCAUCUGGUCGUUGGAGGACAGCAUGCUUGUGGCACGUUGCCAGGGACACAACUCGUGGGUCACUGCAGUGCAAUUCGAUCCUUGGCGAUGCGACGAGCGAAACUACCGUAUAGGAAGUGUUGGGGAAGACUGCCGGCUACUUCUGUGGGACUUCAGCGUUGGCAUGCUCCACCGACCGCGAGCGGCAUCAGUGAGACCACGCAGCAGUGUUACGUCGGCGACGCUUCAGAUGCAACGGACACGAACAGAUGGGUCUACUUCGCGGCUGCGAUCGAACUCGAAUCUCACGUCGGGAAGCAUGGUGGACGAGGAAGAAGUGGUGCACGAGGUCGAGCCUCGGGCGCGAACGGCAAUGCUGCCGCCAGUUAUGGCGAAAAAGGUCGACGAGCAUCCGCUAUGCUGGCUGGGAUUUGAGGAAGAUUGCAUCAUGACAUCGUGCAGCAAUGGACACAUUCGAACAUACGAUCGACCGAAGGAGGGCGCGGGCAGCGACGAGACGCGUUCGACGUCUGCGAGCGCGAGCAACGUGUAG